AUGCACUGUCAUAUUUUACCAUUAGUUAUUGAAUUUCUAUCAAAAGACAAAAAGUCUUUACACGCCUGCCUUCAAGUUAACAGAUUAUGGUGUCAAGCAGCCGUUCCAGUACUUUGGUCUGAUCCUUUCCGUCACGUUAACGAUCAUAAAGAAAAUUUUCCCGAAGUUAUUUUUAUUUACUUGGGUAGUCUUGAAAAAAGUGCAAAACAAAAGAUUUUGUCAAAAAUUCCAGCCGAUAAAAAAUCACAUUUCAAAACACCAACUUUUGAAUAUGUUAAAUUUUUGAAACACUUUAAUUACUGGAUGUUCGUCAGUUCUAUUAAAGAAGCGGCAAGAAUGUUGAAUAAUCUUGAAGAAGUUAACGUAGUUUAUACUUCACCUGAUUCAAAGACUCAGUUCCUUUAUUUCAAUGAUAAACCUCCACUGGAAGGCGUUCUUCAUACUCAUGUGUUGAAUCUUAUUUUUAAUCGAUCUAAACGUGUGAAUUAUUUUACUAUCUCUGAUCAUUUCGGUUUAGGUCACAUCCUUGAGGCAGAUGAUUAUAACCAAUUCGGUCAUGCUUUGGAUGGUGAUUUCUUGGAACCUAUCAAGAAACUAAGCUUCUGUACUGAUUAUGGCUCAUUAUAUAAAGUAUUCUCAUGGAUUCCGGAUUUUUGUCCUAAUGUGAAACAUCUGAAAUUUCGAUUGAAAACUAUCCGAGAUUCCGAUGCAAAAACUAUUACAGAUGUUCUCUCUAAAUUCAAAGAUCUCCGUACAUUUAAGCUUAAAGUGUAUUAUCGAGGACAACAACAAGAAGAGAAUCUACCGUCAAUCGCUAAUCAUAUUCAUUCUUUGACUACAAUCGUGAUUCGUCAUUGUAAUUUUAAGAAGAAUAAUCUUAUUCAAGAAAUCGUUCAAUGUAAAGGUUUGGUUGAGUUGAAAAUCUUAUUAUGUAAGGGAUUGACUGUUGAUAAGGCAAAUCUUUUAAUCAAUGCUGAUUUUCCAAUGCUCGAAAUUGUGGAAUUAUGGGGAGAUUAUUGCAAGGAAGUUGUUAAUUGGGCUAAAAGUAUUAGUCCUCAAUUUUAUGAUUAG